AUUUUCAGGUCGGACCCGGUUGUUGCUUACAUUUUUCAGGAAGGAAACUGCUCCGCAGGCGGAGGGAUGAGUCUCUCCCCUGUGAUUGGCACAGAAGUGCCAGAAACAGCUAACGGGGUUGUGAUACCCGUUGCGUCGGAGAACGGCCCUCAUGUUUCAGUCUCUGUGAAAUGUGGCGGGAGCAGAGCGUCCUGUCCUGGGGAGGGAUCAAAGGACGGCUCCUUCAGAUACACAGAGAACCACGUGGAUGUGGAAAACAGAGUUUACGACUGCGACGGUCGCCUGGAUACAGAGAUGGCCAUUAACGAGAGAACGUCUAACUUAUCACUGCACAACCCCUGGAUAACGGACCCCUCCCGCCCCGGCACCACAUGCACAGGAAUCUCAGAAUCAGGAUCCAUCAACAGAAACAUUCCUGAGGCCUCUAACGCUGUCGAGCCUCCUGGUGCAGCUCUGCCGUGGGACCCAGCACACACCAAAGACUCAUCUCAGCGAGCAGGCCCUGUCACCGCAGACGGACAGCAGACAGAGGCGGAGACUGUGGACGGAGGCAGUGACAGCCGAGAGGAGGAGGAGGAAGAGGAGGAGGAGGAGGAGGAUGGAGAGAAGGAGAAACAGGAUGAGGAGGAUGCUGAGAAGACUGAAAACAAGUGGAGGAGUCAGUACGGAGGAGGGAGGACGCAGAGGGAGUCUUCACGACACUACUCGUCCUCAGCCCCCGGUCCCAGCACCUCCUCCUCUUCCUCUUCCCCUCCUCCUCAUCUUCCCUCAGAUGACGCCCCCUGCCCCCCCCACGUCAUGGCCCAGGUCUGGGUUCGCAACGUGCGAGGGAUGCAGGACAGCAAGAGCCUGGAUGAAAUCAGCCAAGCGUGCGGAGGCGGUUCGGGCGCUCGGGGAGGGGGCAGGAGUGGGCAGUCAGAGGGCCGACGGGCCACAAUCUCCUCGGCUCUGGAGCUGGAGGGGACGGUCAGCCAUGAGGGAGACCUGACUAACUUCAUCACCAAAAACCUGGAGCAGAAGAUCAAGAUGAGCUCCAAGCCGAGUCUGGACUGCAGCGACUCCGACUGUUCGGGUCCCAUCUACCGGAGUCGGGGGUUGUCCCGGAGACCGGCAGACAUCCCGCCGAUCGAUCCCGCCGUCCUCGUGGACCUUCAGAGACACACACAGGAAGUGGCGCAGAGUGUGGAGAUGAUGAUGCGGAGCCUCAACGGAACCAUCCAGAACAUGACGGCUCUGAGUGUCGGCUACAUCCAGACCUACAGAGACUCAGUGGACAGCCUGGGAGAGUCUGUGGACAUGAGUAUAAAGGGCAUGUACACACUGAUGGCUCGCUGCGAGGAGCUGGAUCGUUCCAUGCAGCCCAUACACACUCUGGCCGCGCAGAUCCGCGACAUCAAACGCACCCUGGACGCUCUGGAGGCGAUCUGCAAGUAACCCUCAGCAUGUCUGGUAGAAAAACACACCCCAGCUGCAGACAUCCAACAUCAAGCACAUAGUGAACGAGGCCGUCUGCAAGUAGCUCCACCCCUCCGCAGGUACCACACACACACCGCAGCGAAGAUUAAGUGCACCUCUCCGGGAGUCCUUGAAACAUUGCUACUAGGCAUGCUGGAGGAUUGGCGCUCAUAGUCCCUCGCUUGUUCAUUGUCUGAAGGCGACCAUGUUUGUGUUGUGACCAAACCAACUGCGCUUGAUUGGCUCUCGGGUCUGAGCUUUUCCUCCUCCCUUUUCUUUUAAAAGCCACGUCUCUUAUCACAUGUGUCAGAUCAACCUUUUCUGGAGACGCUUGAUCGAGUGCCCUGAACACACACACACACACACACACACACACACACACACACACACACACACACACACACACACACACACAGGAGGGAUCAUGUGUUGUUAUCCGUCCAGCCCGCUUGGUUCAGAUUGCACUAACCCGCCCUCCCCACACGGGGGCGAUGUUUCCCGCUUCGACCAGAACUAACUGCUCAGAAGACAGAGACUUUUGCACGGGAACAGAAAGUCUAUUUUUUAAUCUUAUGCAACGAAGAUCAGAUUCUUUCACUGUCGGCUGAAUGAAGGGAGGAGAAGUGUCACGUCUGUCUGUCUGUCUGUCUGUCUGUCUGUCUGUCUGCCUGUCUGUCUGUCUGUCUGUCUGUCAUGUUUAUUUAUUCAGUUUUCUCAGCUUGUGUGCUUUUUCAAGAACAAUGCUUCUCUGUCAUUGGGAGCUGAUUCUUCCACUGGAGCGUUUAAGCGUAAAUUAAAGCUACAGAAGAACAUCUGACACAGACGAGGAAAGUGAUUUAUUUAUUUAUUUUUAUUUAUUUUUUAGGUCAAAUCGAUGCACGGAGCUAGAUUUAAGAUUAGAGGCAACAAAGUGAUUUGAAAGUACAGAUACCAGUUCUUUAAAAUGAACAGACAGAGAGAAUCUGAGUGACAACUAUCUGAAAGGGACAGCUGUGGUUGUGUGAGGUGUUCAUGUUCAGGCGGUGUGUUUCCUGCAGUAGAUUCAGUUCAGAGCAGCAGGAGGACCGGCAGACGCCCAGUGAAACAAUCCAACAUCUGUUUAAAUGAAGCUUCAUGUAGAAGAUUUUACAUCUUCAUCUUCCCGUCAAAACAGAGUGAAGUUUAUCUCUUCCUGAUUCACUCAGCUGACCUGAGGCUGCGGCGUAUUACAGUGCGCUCUGUAGGUGCGCCUGUGCGUAGGAAUACAGUAGUUCAGUGGCUGAGAAAAUGUAGUGCCAAAGGAAAGUUCUGUUUCACCAGGAAGAUGAAGAUGAAAAUCUUCUACAUGAAGCUUCAUUUGAACAGAUGUUGGUUUGUUUCACUGGGCGUCUGUUAAAAGUGUUUAAACCAGGUGUUUUCUGCUGGCCCCGCCCACAGCAGCUCAUCACUCUGCUAGUGCACCUGUCCUCCUGCUGCUCCUCAAAACUGACUCUCCUGCAGGAAACACCGACUGAACAUGAACACCUCACACAACCCCACGACUCACAACCACAGCUGUCCCUUUAAGAUACUUGUCACUCAGAUUCUCUCUGUCCUUUAAUUUAAAAAAACUGGCAUUGAAAACGUUGAAAUCACUCGGCUGCCUCUAAUUUGAAAUCUGGCAUCGAUUCUCCCUAAAAAAAAAAAAUCACAUUUUGUGUCAGAUGUUCUUCUGCAGCUUCACAGCGGCUUUAAAUAUUUGAAAAGCUUCAGGUACUUUAGGAUUUGACUUUUAGAUGUCAUCAGAGGUGAAAACACCUGAUAUGCAAAUGACAGAUCGAUUCAGCCAACCUGCAGAUUUUUCAUGAAAUCUGAAGCCACUGAAAGUCGUUUCAUCUCCAGGCUUUUUUCAUUUCCAGCUGACAGACUGCUCAGUGUCGUUAAUUGGAUUGUGUUGCUUCAGUUUCCAUUCAGCCAGUUUAAAGGAAUAAUAUAUGUAUUAGAAGAGCUCAAUUUCAAAACGCAUUUUUAAUCCAUUCAGUUCUUCUCGGCACUUUGCUAGUGACUUUAAAUUAGCUGCUAAUCUUCAGCCGUUUAUGGAUGAGCUUGAGGUUUUGGCUGCGACUGUAGCUUUGACUCCUGUGAAAUGGUGGAUACCUGAAUUUGGCACCAAACUGUAUUUCCUCUGCAUUGACUACGUGUGUAUUUGAAUGUUGGGAAAUCUGUAAAUUAAACUCAGAUCUCUUGAAGUUUGCUUCUGAAAUUACACAACAGUGGAGUUGAUUUUGUUUACAUCACAAUGGAAACGAUUGAAGUUAAAUGUGGACGGAGUCGAGACGAAGCCUGUGGACGUCAACUAACGUGGACGUUGAGUAUUUAUUAGUUUGAAAGACACUGAACGACUGGAAGAUGAUACUGGAUGUGAUGAAGAGACUGUGCUACCUCUGUCACUGGUGGGUCGCCCUGUACUAGAUGUUCAUCCGUGGCCUGCUGACGGCAGGCAGCAUGUGGUUUGGCUUGAGUAGUGUCAGUGGUGUUGUCAUAUCUUUCUUCAGACCUGAUUUCAUCUGCAGAACGUUAUCAGAGCAAAGUCACGUGUUUUAAUCUUGAUGCUUAAAUCUGCUAUAAAAUGCAUCUUUUUCAAAGUGUCACCUUUGGUUGGACCUGCAGCAGCAGCAGCAGCAGCGUGACCGGUGUAAAGCAGAGGUUCACAGCCCCCUCCACCUCAGGGUCGCUGGGAAACCUCUACAAUCUUUACGUACCACAGCCGAGCCCGUAACAACAUGGAGGACGAUCGUGUCGUUCUCAGAACUUUUUGAUUCUCCACUUUUUGCCAUGGAUGAAUCAUCUAGUUCCUGUCACAGCGAGCCGCCUCAAUAUGAGGAAAAAUAGUUUGUAAACAUUUUUUAUAUUUUUUUAAAGAUCAUUUUGUUUCUAAACCAGACCAGGUUCUCAACCUGUGGCCCGGGGCCCACUGAUGGGCCACGGAUGUAUUGUGUGGGCCGACAAAUCAUUUACAAAACAGAACAAUUUUGGUGAAAAGAUGUAAAUAAAAAGAUAUAUUUGAUUAAUUAAUGUUUUGUUUUGAAACAAAAUAAUCUUUACAAAAUAUAUAUAUAUAUAUUAUGUAUAUAAUUUUUUCUGAUAUUGAGGUCUAUCACUGUGAUAACUCUUUCAUGUUGACGCCGGCCGGACCUCAUCACAUGCAUGCUGCUCUCUCAGUCUGGUUGAGCACUAAAUGAUCCUCCAAGACCAAAACUGCAGCGUGAAGAGACGCUCUGAGAACGACAUCAUCGUCCUCCAUGUUGUUACUGGUCGGAUGUGCGCCGCCAACAUUUUAGAGAUUUUCCCAGAGUGUCCCUGGGUUGGAGAAGGUUGUGAACCUCUGGUCUGAACUGUCUCUACACGCAGCUCUGCAGCUUUUAAUAAUGUGGUUUCACUACAACAGGAUCAGAUCACGUUACUGGCAGCACAUGUAACAUCUGCUCUUCGUCUCCUCGUCGCUCUCUUCAACCUUUUUGGAAAAAGUUUGUGAAACUUGUCGUCAGAGAGAGAAGCAUCAUUAAAACGCUCAUACUAAAGUUUAUAAUCCUCCUGGUUCCCCAGAUGAUUCUGAAAUUGACUCAAACAUGUGUGAGGCUGUAAAGAUGAAAUGAUCUUUUGCUAAUAAAGGUGCAAACGUCCAGAGAAGGGGACGUUUGUGUCGGUGGACUGUGGAGGAGAGGAGGGAUCCUCGACGUGGGAGAUGAGAGGAAAUUCAUUCUCUUGUUCAUAAUAUAUAUAAACGUACGACUCAAUCAGAUGCACCUGUGUACAUAUGAUCUCUUUCUGUAACUAAAAAUGAUUUAGAUACCCUUCGUCUUGAGUGUAUAUUUUAAUGAAAAAUAACAAAUAAAUUUACAUGAGCUGCAAAAACAAAA